AUGUCACUUGCCAUGAAAGCUCGGCAAAGGGCGAGGCGGAAGGGAGCGGCCAAGGACCGGGUCUUUGGGUGUGACCUAGUGGAACAUCUACAAUUAUCUGGUCAGGACGUUCCGCAGGUUCUGAAAAGCUGCACAGAGUUUGUGGAAUAUCACGGCGUAGUGGAUGGAAUCUACCGGCUCUCGGGAGUCUCAUCAAAUAUCCAGAAGCUAAGGCAAGAGUUUGACACCGACCGCAGCCCAGACCUCAAUAAAGAUGUGUAUCUCCAGGACAUCCACUGCGUGAGCUCCCUCUGCAAGGCCUACUUCCGGGAGCUGCCCAACCCACUCCUCACCUAUCAGCUGUACGAUAAGUUUGCCGAAGCUGUGGCUAUCCCGAUGGAAGAGGGCCGGCUGGAAAAGAUCAAGGAAGUGUUGAAGGAGCUCCCAUCACCUCACUACAGGACCUUGGAGUUCUUGAUGAAGCACCUGGUUCACAUGGCGUCUUUCAGCGCCCAGACCAACAUGCACGUGCGGAACCUGGCCAUCGUCUGGGCUCCCAACCUGCUCAGGUCCAAGGACAUUGAGGCCUCCGGCUUCAACGGCACAGCGGCCUUCAUGGAGGUCCGCAUCCAGUCCAUCGUAGUGGAGUUUAUCCUCACCCACGUGGAACAGAUUUUUGGAGAUGCCCCUCUUCGCGUCAGUAGCCGUGAAUCUCUCAGGAAGUCCCUGCACCUCAUGGGCUCGCCAGUGACCCUUCCUGAGGAGAAGUACUCUUUUUCCUACAACGUUCCAGCUGUGCUGAACCAAGGGGAUGGACCUCCACAGAUGCGCCCGUACCACACCAUCAUUGAGUUCCAGGACAGCAAAAGAAAAGGCUCCAUUAAGGCCAAGAAAUGGAAGUCCAUCUUCAACUUGGGCCGUUCCAGCAACGACUCCAAACGCAAGUCGAGCAAACUAGAGGACAAAGAUGACAAAGCGGGUAAGAUGCGACUGCGGCCAGCCAAAAGCAUGGAUUCCCUCAGCUCUUUGCCCUGCUCUAGUGAUGACCACACUCAGCUGGGCAGGAAGAAGUCCCAGAAGCAGCUUACCUUGUGCCGCGAGAGCUUUGAUGGCCCAGUUUCACUAGACAACUGUUUCCUGGAAUCCGACGAGGGCCCGGACAAGGUCAAAGCUGAAGAAAUGCAGGGCGAAUCGGAGGGCGAAGCCACAGCCAAGUCAGAGCCUACCACCCCGAAAGCCAGCCGGUCCAGCCUCGUCGGGGUGGCCCCGCAAGGGCGGUCUCCUAAGGCCACGCGAAGCAGGGCGGAGAAGUGCGCCGGCGUCCACAUCUCAGGGCCUUUCUCCGUCACGGUCCCGUUCCACAUCACCUCCAACCUCACUUUGUCCCGGCUAACCCAGGGACUGGAGUGUCCCGCCUUGAGCCGCUGCGCCUUGGAGAAAGAGGCUCUCGAGACCUUGGCGGCCAACGGCGAAGGGUCGUCCGAGCAGCAGGAAGCCGAGGGAAAGCUGACGCCCACAGCUGACACGGACAAGGAAGAGCCUGCAAAAGAAGAUGCAACAGUGGAGGACGAGAACCAGAUGUCUAUGGAAGUCCAGGAUUCCUUCUCAUUCCUGGAUAGCCCAGAUGCUUGGCUGGGUGACACCCUGGAUGACAGCCAGCCCUGGAAGAAUGCCAACAUGGUCUCUGAUUUUGCAGGCUGUGGCAUCAACACUUUUCCAGCCACGGAAGACGAUAUGGGGAGUGGGUUCAUGAACGAGAUGAUUGGAGGUGGGAUGGAGCUGGAGAUGUUUUCUACUGUGCCACCGUUGGAUUACUUGUCCAUCGAGGACUGCAUGAACGAACACUCGGAAGAGGAAGAUGACCAGUAUUAUUUGGCCAUGGGAAUCGCGGAGGGUGAAGAGCCAUCUAAGGAGGUUGACAACGAAGAGGUCUACCUGAGUGCCUUUGAUGAUCUUAGCCCCUUAGCUUCUGAGUUACAGCAUUUUCAGCAGCCUGAGGAAGACCAAGCCCCAAAUUUCCCUCCCCCAGACAGUGUGUUGGAAGAUCAACCCUUCAGCCUGGUUGGAUGGACCUUGGCUCAGUCUGGGACGGAGCCUCAGCUAGGUCGCCGUCUAGCUCAUGACCUGGAGUUAAGCCAUUUGCACCUGGAUCCAGAAUUGGCCAACCCACCUGCGGAAGUCAUCUGGCUCUCCAGAAGCAAUUCCAAUGAGUUGGAAAUGCAGGUGAAAGAUGGCGCCAGGUCUGCUACGCCAGAGCCCGUCUUGUCAUUGCUGCAGGGAGAAGGUGCAGACGCCGGAGGUGGAAAUGGCGUACUUGUGCAAGCGGGGGGUUUGGUGCAGUCUGCAGGCCCUGACGGAACUCCAGAUCUUAGCUGCCAAAGAUCUCCGGUUCUGGAGUGCGAAAACCAACCAGAGCUCGAAGAUGAGUGGCAAUUAACAGCUCAGAUUGCUUCAGAGGCUGAGCAGGUGGAGUGGCCUCCUUGCAUGGAGGCUGAUGGUUCUACUCCAGAGGUGGCUGGAACAUCUGGCCAAGACAUGGCUUGUGGGCUCUCAUUUCAAGAGCCGGAGCAGCUGCAGAGUGCAGAAGCUGCCCUUCGUCCUCAGUCGGCAGAAGCGCCUUCAAGCCUGGAAGAGGUGUCUGGGGUUGAGCUUCCCGCUUUGCUGGGCAAUAGAUCUGAAAAGGAUCCUUUUGAGAGCUCUUGGAAGCUGCCCGCGAGGUCACUUGCCUGGGAUCCUGAGCAGGCGGCUUCCUCUGGGGCAGACGUCCCCUUGCCGGACGUUGACUCCGAUUCCUCGUCCCUCGCGGUUUCUUCUCCCAAGAGCUACCCGGGAAGUCUCCCGCACAAACUCCAGCCUGCGCCACCCGUGGGUGCUGAAGAUGCCCUCAAGAGUGACCCCUCGGAUGGAAGCGUCCACAUGAAAUUGACCUCCAGCACCAUCAGGGUGCAGCAGGUGAAAUCUUUCCCCGUCGUGCCUCCGAAGCCGCAGUUUGCCAAGGUCCCGCCUUCCUUAACGCCGAGAACGCCGACCAAGGAAUCCUCCGCCGUAUGGCCCAACCCGCCCCCGGCUAAGAACGGUGGGAGUGAGGUGAAGGGCGGGUCUCUGCACAGGGCCCUUCGCCCCACCAGCCUCGACACGUACUGCAGCGCCGCCGGCCUCGAGAAAAGGCCAGAAGCCCUCCUGCCCCCUUCCGAGGCACCCACCCCUUCGGCUAACCACGGCGGCGAUUCGGAGGCCCUUCCGAAGCAGCGGAGUUCCAUGCCUGUGUGUUUAGAAAGAUACGGCAGAGAUGGUGAGAGCGGAGGAGACGUGGCGCCCAAGCCCCUGCGCUCCCCGCCGGAGAAAUGCAGCUUUUGGGCCCGGGGAGGUGAGCCCAACAGCGAUGACCUCCACCUGGCAAAGAGCUCCUUGCCAGAGAGGAGCUCGGAUGAACGCAGCGGCCACACCAAGAGCCAGGAGAACGCAAGCGGGCCCUCGCCACGGCCCGCCUCGGUGCCGGCUUUGACGGAGAAGCCUGCCGGCGUCGAGGCCUGUGAGGCCUCCCCACAGAAGCAGAGGUGGGCCACCUGGCGUAACGGGGGCAGCAUGUCGUUUGACGAGGCGGUGGCCCUGGCCAAAGAGAGGCACGUGGCUCAGGCCCCCAUGAGGCGGAUGCAGACCUAUUGCUACGGCGACGCAGAGGGACCCCACGGCCCGGGCCGGGCGGAGAAGCACCCCCCUCAGCCGAAACCUGCUCUGAAGCCUUUGGGGCAGCGGCCCCUGAGACCCCUGAGCUGCUUGGGCACCGCGACGCCCCCGGAGGCUCUCGCUUCGGGGAAGCCGCUCCUUACUCAAGCGUUGGUCGACGCCGGCCCGGAAGGGCCGCCCCCUCCAAGCUGGGACGCACACUCCUUCCCUCCAGAUCUUCCCGCAAGAAGAAGGCUGAGCUUGCCAAGGAUAGGGCGGUGCCCGUCCCUGUCCGAAGAGGCCUCUCACGCCCUGCCCCAGGAGCGGAGGUGACUGGUUUUGGGGGCUUCAUUUCCAAAAACUGGCCUUCUAGCCUGCUAGGCUGUGUUGCGUCGGGGCCUAGGCCCAGCCCUGGGCACUCAGGUGCACCAGCAGGUGAGUCCUGCUAGAGCAAACCCUAGAAAAGUCUUGCUAGCAGCUAGAUCAAACCAAGAGGCCAUCCCGUCCAGCCACCACGGGCCCCCAGAAGCUGCAGCCGCCACACCAUCCCUUGGGCUGGAUUCCAGGUGUAUAUCCAAGCGAGCCAAGGGGAUGGAGUGGAUGCCACAGAUGGCGAGAGCUCCGAGCUCCGCAGGUUAGAGUUUUCUCUAGAAAUGCAGAGCACAUUCUCUCUUGUAAUAGUAGAACCCAAUACUAGAACCCAACUUCAUGGGGGUCAUAUCCCAUGAAGCCGAUUGGUGGAAGAUGCAAGACUGAUCAAAGGAAGGACGUCUUCACACCGUGCAGAGUUAAAUUAUGAAAUUCGCUACCACAAGACCAUGAUGGCCACCACAUUGGAUUGUUUUUAAAGGAAGUUAGACAAAUUCCUGGAGAUGAAGGCCAUCCAUGGCUACUCAUCCUGAUGGCUCUGUGCUACCUCUGAUAUCCGAGGCAGUAAGCUGGUAUACACCAGUUGCUGGGGAACAUGGGUGGGAGGGCGCUGUUGUGCCCGUGUCACGCUUGUGGAUUCCUGGUCAACAACUGGUCGGCCACAGCAGGACUCUUCUUAUGUUCUUACAUCUCGGGUGGAUAGAUUUAAGUCAAGGCAAUUGAAAUGACCAACAGGGGGCAAAGAUCUGUGUUAAAUCACACUUAGCAUUUUGAAACUUUUGUAUUUUUUGUGCAAGCAUGCAUGCUAUCUGGUUUCUAUCACUAUUAAAACAUAU